AUGACGGCCUUGCGACCUUUUCCAACGACCGCCGGUACGACUGUACGACCAUUCACGACUGCUAUUGUAGACGAAGCUCAACUGUUUCCUACAUAUUUUGAUGUGCAGAAACAGGACCUUCUUAUCACGUGCGGUAAUUACGCGAGCACUAGUAAUAACGCAAACAGACUCGUGUGGCGAGAGAUAGAUACAGCGUUCGAGAAUCGCAUUCAGACAGGUGCAGUGAUAAAUACGAACUAUAUUGAACCGCGAACGUUUUUAGAAGACGCAGGCGGUAUAGUGCUCGAGCGAGUGCGGGACGCUCUAGAAAAACACAACAGUGUAAAAGUGAACACAGCAUUCAACGGCAUGUUUGUAACGGGUGAUAAACGUGCCAACAAAAGUAUAAACACUAAAAAUUGUGAACUAUUCCAAACGUCGGACUUGGACAAGUGGUACAAGCGACGCAUUAUCGAGCCCACUUUGGUUUCGCUCGAAGAGUUUCAAGAACGUGAUAGCGGGUGGGCAUUGUCGCAAAUUAUCAAUUUGACUCUAAAUAUAAAUAAGUACAAUCCUUUACACGCGGGGUGUCAUGUGACAUUACCGCGAGAAAUAAUGACGAAGCGUGCGAUAGUGAACGUUAAUUCGAAGGACAAUGCAUGCUUCGCAUGGUCAGUGGUCGCCGCUCUACAUCCUGCUGAAAGACAUAGUGAAAGGGAGUCGUCAUAUCCACAUUAUACAACAGUCCUAAACUUUGAUGAUAUUAUGUUUCCCGUUACAAUAAAGGACAUUGAAAAAUUUGAGAGUGUUAACAAUAUAUCGAUCAACGUCUACGGGAUGAAAAAGGAAAUGACAAUGCUAAAGAUUCUUCCGCUGCGGCUCUCCAAUGACAAGAAAGAGAAGCAUGUCAAUUUAUUAUACGUGCAAAAUCCGCGCGAAGACAGCGUGGGCCACUUUGUCUGGAUAAAAAAUCUGUCCCGCCUCGUCAGCUCCCAACUAAGUAAAAAGGAGCACAAGAAAUACAUUUGCGAUCGGUAUGUAUAAUAUAUUAAAAGAAUUCUCAUGA